AUGAGUACCAAUACCACCAUUGGAAUUGGGACUUGGAAGAAGGUCGGAUUAUCGAGUAAAGCUUCAUUGUAUAUCUUCCUCUGGUUGAGCAUCAACGGGGAGGGUAAACCCUCGGAGACUAUAUAUCAAGAUGAAUGGCUCGAAGGCAUUCGGGAGGAAGAUGAAGGUGGCUGGGCAGAAGAUGAGGCUGAUGAUCGAGACUCGAAAGGGCUUGAUGGUCAACUUGAAGAUCGAGUGAAAGCCUGGCUCAAUUCAAUCGGCUGA